CAACGUGAUUAGUCAAUUCCGCAAGACUUGUUACUUUCGAUCUGUGCCUGCGACUUACAUAUGUGAUAGGCCUUUACUAUUAGUGUAUACUAUUAGUGUAUACUAUUAGUGUAUACUAUUUUCCCAUUGAGAACCAUCAAAACUGACACUUCACGCUUCAGUAGUACUGAGCACGUGUGCUGCGGGAUGGUGACACAGAAGUAGUUAACAAACAUUAGACAUACUAUAAAAGAAUUAAAUACUUUACACAAAAAAUGGAUCUACAUAAUCGUUAUUUACAUUUUCCGACAUUAGACGUUUCAAUUGAAAAUAUUGUGAGUGACAAACCUGACAAUAAUGUAUUCUUUGUACUUCAUCAUUUAAUACGCCUUUAUAACGAUGAAAUGACUCGAGAAAGAUUGGAUAUACGUAAACUCGAAACUCAUCGAAUGCUGUUAUGUUACGAAUAUCAAAUUGUGUUCAACGUCGCUAAAAAUUGCGACGAUAAGAAAUAUGUAAUACCCGAAGAUGCGGAAAACGUCUGCUUUUCUAGUAUCGAAUCUAUUUUUCCAAUUCAACAUUUGCGAAAUGAUUCGGAAAUGUUGAUCUUACGUGAUAUAAUCAUUUUACAAACAACACUUUACUGCAACGUUAAGUCAAUUAAGGAGCAUCUGCGAAAUUUUCUUUGCUUGAACCAUAUCUAUACUGCUAGCCGGGACACUAGUAUUAUGUAUAUGAAGAUACUAGAAUUUGUAUUAGAAUCUUUGUAUUUGCAUCAAUUUUUUCAUAAGACAAGCGAUAACGAAGAAGAGUUAAAAGAUCUUAGUUUGGAUUAUCUAAACAUUGUAAAGUCAUGGAUAAGGGUAAAAGAAAAUCCACCAUGGAGAUCGUUUAUUUCAAUGCUCUCCAUGUUAACAAAAACAUUUCCUCCUAAGUAUAUAUUAUCUCCAUUAUGGAAUUAUAUCAUGGACGAAAUUUUCUGUUUAGAACAAUUUCUCACUGUCUGGAGUGUUAUGAUGGAUAUAUGUUUCACAUCACAUUUAGCAAAAUCAACUUGUGUACAAUAUUAUGACAUUUACACAAAAGAUAGAUUCUGGAUAUUAACGCUAGAAGGUUUGAAAUCACCUUUGCAACAAUAUCGCAAGCAAGCAUUAUAUAUAAUGAAAAAUACAAUUGAUCUUCUUAGUAAAGUUGAUGCACCAAAGGAAAUCUUUGACAAAAACCUGAAACAAUGCGUUCCAUGUAGAAAAUUUGAUAAUUGCAGUAAACAAAAGAUCUUGGUAUAUGAAGCAUUAGAGGAAAAACAACAACACUUGGUAGCACCAGCUCUUACUCAUGUAACUAGUUUAGUAAAGGCUAGCAAAGAGCACAGAACCUGCAAUUGGUGUUUUGAACUUCACUUGUUGCAAUGCAUUUUUGAGAAGAUUUUACAUCAUGAAAACAAUAAUAUUGUAAAGUGGGGAGUAUCGUAUAUUUGCAAAUUAGACGAGAAUAUAUUUAGUUAUUAUUUUAUUGAAACAAUUGUAAAGGUUCUCAAUAAUAGUUUUCUUUAUGAGUGUCAACCUGACGAAGAGUGUCCGACAAUUGUAAGAGAACUUCCAACGUUGUUUGAAUACGCAGAGAAGAAAACUUUACUUAAUAUAUUUUUUAACGUAAUUUGUUCUCGUGAAACCUGGGGACCUGUAGCAAUAUUUUACGUACUACAUGCAUUACGAGUUGUUUCGCACAAAAAGAUAAAUGCUAAUUGGCAGGCUACUGAACUGAAGAGCAUUAAGAAUUUAGUAGAAAUAAAUUUGAACAUGCAUUCUCAUAUUUUGCGUACUGCGUCACAAAUUGAACUUUUGAGAACUAUUCCUAAUUACGUGCGAAAAAUAGAUAAUCUGGAAGUGCUUGCUGAUACUUUAGCUGCAUUUCAUUUUGGGAAAAGUCUUGUAAGAGGAACAAAUCCUUGGAAUAUCAUUACAGUGUGGUUGCAAGAAGUAGUAACAAAAGAAGAAGCCAUAACUUUCGUAGGAAAUACUUGUGCGAAAUAUUUAAACAAAUAUACUGACUCUAAAAUAAAUUCCAGAACAUUUGCAUUGAUGGUAUAUCUAUUACAUGACUCGAACCUUAUACUUUCUGACAAAAAAUGCUCUGCAGAAAAAGCAUUAAGUAUUUGGCUGUAUACUUUAAGUAAAUUCGAUAUGAGACCUUAUGCUGAUAUUGAUUCAAGUAUCAAUGUAGCAGAAUUUAUGUCACAUAUGCUGAAUUUAUCUACAAAUGAAUCUUCCAAUAGCAUAGCAGACUUAAUAUCAUUAAAUAUACACAUCACUUUUAUGUUUUUAAUUAAAAAUAUGAGAAAGAUGGUUACAAAACUGGCUUACGAAGAUUACAUGAGAUACACAGCCAUUGUAUCUCCGCAUAUUGCUAAGGCAAAGUUAUUCAUGCCAAAGAAAUCGGUGAACAAUUAUAUAGAAGAGCUCCAAAAUGAAAGCAUAUGUUUAUUAAAAAAUGCGCAACAUUACAGUGUUCAAUAUUUGUACGGAUUGCAUAUUUUAUAUCUUUCUCAAAAUAUAUCCGUUUCGAUGUUUGCGACAAAAUUCUUUACGGAACACGUAUUGAACAUGUAUGCGAGCGCUGCAAGUACUGAUGUUGCUUCUGAUGAAAAUUUAAAAGGAAAAGUAGCAUCGGAGUAUUACUUGCUUCUUUCAAAACUUGUGCAUCAAUAUCUCAUUAACUCUCCAAUACAUUCAUGGAUUUCCACUACAGUGUUGUUAUCCAAUCUGUUAAAAUUUCUUGAGCUAAGUAGAAUAGAAACUAUUUCUGAAGUAGCAACGGUACUGACUGUACUAGUUGACAAUAAAGCUAUCAACGCCACAAAUGAUAGAGAAACUUUGGAAUAUAUUCUGGAACUAUGCUGGAGAUGUACUCUUGAUAGUAAAAAAAACAAUAUUUACUGGACAGCAAUAGAGAAUCUCACUGGAGUUAUUGUUAACGAUAAUUUCUUUCUCUUGCCUAAUACUAUAGAAUUCAUAAAUAAAUUCAUUAGUCAAUUAUUAGGAGAAGAUGAUACAUCAAAGUUCGAAAAGGCAUUUACAAGGUUCAAAAGAAUAUUACUUUCUAAACUGGAAAAACUAAACGCACAUAAUUUGACAAAAUUACAAGAACCGUUACUAAGUUGUCUGCUGCAUGGUUCUGUGCUCCGACGUGAUGAAAGAGUUGAAAAUCAUGCUUAUUUAUUUAUCACCAAGCAUUUAAUGAAAUAUUAUCCAAAGCACAUCCUUGCAUUGGAUCAAAGUAACGAUACUGCUAUAAGAGCGCAAGCUGUUAUAUUAUUACAUAAAAUAGUCAGUCAUUUAAAAUCAAAUAAUGUGGCAAUUGUAUCGUGUAUACUUGAGAUGUUAGACAAGUACAAAAACAAAAGACAUUUCAACGAUUCCUAUAUACAUAAAUUAAAACACAGACUGAUGCAAAUAUUAUUAAUGUUAGAACCAGUUUUAAGUAAAGAAUUUGUUGCUCUACUGCAGGAUAAAAUAAGCGAUUUUAUUUUUUCGGAAAGCAAUCAACACAGUGUGAGAUUGAUGCAGGAAUGGUUGAUGAUACGAAUCUUUACGAAAAAUAUUAAUCUACACGACAAACUAUGGAAAUUAUUUGCAGAGAGUAUAGAAAGACGACCGGGAUGCACAAUUUCUGUGUCAAGUAUUGUAUAUCAUGUUGCACGACUUCUGUUAAAUGAUAGUCAGAAGAUUUUCAUUCAAACCGCUCUGCCAUAUGUAGCACAAUGCUGUUUAGGUCAGCAAUUUAACGUGCGUUUGUAUAAUCAGUUUAUUUUAAUUCAAUUGUGCGAUCUAAUCAAAAAGACAAAUGGUAAUGAUAGUAUAUUGGAAUACAAAGGCAUCUAUCAAGCAGCUGUGGCUAAUUUACAGCAAGAAAGUACAACAAAAAAUUCAGCUAGGAUACAGGACGACUUUUACUUUUCCAAUUUUCAUCCGAUGAAGGAUUACAGUUUGCAGACGAUUUAUUUUGAAUUACCGCGAUUAACUAAUGUAAAUUGUGAUGAAUUGAUUAGUCCAGAUGUAUUUGAAGCUUUUGCAUUUAAACAAAACGAUCAUCAUCCUCUACAGCUUUAUAAUAUCAAUUCAUUUCUAUCCGAGACUAAAACUUCCACAUAUCUCACAAAAUCUUCUGCAGAUGAUAUGGAAUCACUGACAAAUUAUAUUGAAACAUAUUCAGAAGGUUUGCAUGAUAUUCAAAAGAAAAUUGACCCAUCAAAGUCUAAAACUCCUUUAUAUAGAGAUGUUUUUGAAACAAUGAUUGACUCCAAAUAUCAACAAGAUUUACAUUUAGAGGAAGAGGGUUUAAUAGUUGUAGCAUCUUUUGUUAGUCGACCGUCAAAUUUAGGCGGAAUUGCUAGAACAUGUGAGAUAUUUGGAGUUAAAACAUUGGUUAUUGCAAAUGCGAGUCAUGUAAAGGACAAAGAAUUUCAGUCCCUCAGCGUAUCUGCCGAAAGAUGGAUAAAUAUAUUGCAGAUAAAGCCACAUGAGUUACAAGAAUACUUGCUAAAAAAGAAAGAUGCAGGAUGGUCUUUAAUUGGUAUUGAACAAACAGCCAAUAGUAUAAAUUUACUUGAAGCGAAAUUUGUUAAAAAAACAAUUCUCGUCUUAGGGAAUGAGAAAGAUGGUAUACCUGCUAACUUUAUACCUCUCUUUGACACAUGUUUAGAAAUACCUCAAGUAGGUAUAAUACGAUCGUUAAAUGUUCAUGUUACUGCUGCAAUUUGCAUAUGGCAGUUUGCAACUCAACAUACACUGAAAUAAUCAUUUUUCU